AUGCUAAGUAUUCCGCUAGACUGUGAAUGUUCCUACGAGGAGUUUAGAAAAACAAUAUAUUAUCAUGCGGAAACCUUUGACAUCCCGGAUCUCCCGCCGGAGAAGCACCUUAUAGUGUGCGAAGAGGUAUAUAAGAAGGCGAAUGAGGAGCUUGAUGCGAGAGUUUUUGAUCUUGCUUACUACUAUUUUUGGAGGUGCCUUAAAAUUAUUGAGAGGACCGGACUCCGCAAGCAACUGAGUGGUGCAAAACCGCUAAUGGGCAAGUGUCUGGACUCCAUCGAACGGCUAGAUAAAAAUGAGUUGUUGCAAUUCUACGCGGAAAAGAUACGAGAGGUUAGGGAACACAAGGAAGAAAGGAAGCGCAUGGUUGAGAAACAGCUUCUUCCUGAUGAAGUUGAGCAUGGAUCGUUGGGGGAUAACCACCAUAAGCUACGGCAGGAGCUUUCUGUGAAGGAGGACACGCAGGUUGAUGACGUACUAAAAACAAUAAGAAAUUUGCAAAUACACACGCAUCCCUCUCAAAAGCAGGAAUCUAAGAGACGUUAUUGGGAUGAUCGGAAUCGUGAACGUGUUGCUGUUUCCAAUGAUGACAUAGCUCCUCAUAGCAAUAUCCCAAAUGCGUCACCUAAUGCUUAUCUUGUUUGGAAAUUUAACACUGGCGCUUUACCUGUCUCUAGUCCUAGACGAGGAAUGGUGAAUCUUGGGAACACUUGCUAUCUUAACAGUGUUAUUCAAAUGAUUUCUGUGACAUCCUUGGCGAAAUAUUUUCUUCGGGAUGCUUACCAAAAUAGGAUUGCUAAUGCUCACAAUGGGGAAUUAAGACUUGUAAACUCCUUCAGUUUUCUGAUGCGUGAACUAUACCGAUCUGAUUGUAAGGGUCCAGUUAGUACAUCAAGUUUUAAAACUGCUGUCGGUGAAAUUUAUAGCUCGUUCCAAGGCCACUCACAGCAAGAUGCAAAUGAGUUUCUUCGAGUCUUGUUGGACAACAUCCAUAACAGCCUGAACAGUCGGAAAGCUGUCAUGGAUGAAGUUCCUGAGAUAGACACAACAAAAGGUAGUGAUAAGGAGAUGUCAGAACGCAACUGGAAUUAUUAUAAAAAGAAGAAUAAUUCCGUGAUUGUAGAUAAAUGUGCGUUUCAAGAGAGAAGUUCUCUUCUAUGCCCUUCUUGUAAUAAAAUUAGUAGGUCGUUUACCCCUUCAUUAGGGUUGGAGGUACCCAUUCCUUCUCGCAGGGGUAAGGUAAGCAUCGAGGAUUGCUUGCAGGAAUAUUGCAAAGAAGAAACACUUGCUGCAGACUCACUGUAUACAUGUCCUUCUUGUAAAAAACGGGUUCCUGCUUCAAAACAGCUCUUGUUAUAUUCAUUGCCUAGUAUUUUGUUUCUGACAAUUAAACGUUUUCGCAAUUAUGCUGAUUUCUCAGACAAAAUCGAUGUGCCCGUAGUUUUUCAGAAGGAAUUAAAUAUGUCCUAUUUUAUGUGUUGUACCGAUGUGAAAAAUACGCUAUACACCCUUGUGGGGGUUGUAAAUCAUCGGGGAAAUAUACAUGGGGGACAUUAUACCGCGGACUGCCGUGGCGACGAUGGAGUCUGGUUUUCAUUCAGUGAUGAAAAUUUCUUCAAGGCCGAGGAGCCAAACUACCAACUAGCGUAUAUGUUAUGUUAUAUACGCAAUACUUGA